UCUGAGUUCGUUGAGGAGCCAUGGCACAGAGGAAACUUCUUUACAUUAUCUUACAAACGUUCGUUUUCCUCUGUUUCACGAACGCAGAUUCCCCCGGGACCUUUGCGGGUGAUUGUGUCGAGUUUCAUCUGGCACGAGUCCGAGAACACGAAUCGACGCCGUACACCGAUGACCUUAAUCGAAAUUACUCGACACAUUCGAGCAACGAUUUUCGAAAUCUCUCUCCCUUUGGAAGUUCUUCGAGCGAUUGGACCAGGCUGAAAUUGCUCCGUGAUGCUUUACCCGAGGAUUCCACUGUCAGGAAGAACUUCAAUCAUCUUUUGACAGUUUUGCUGCUCGCCCACGACCAGGCGACAGGGCCCAAUCGCUCAAUCUCCUCGCUGGAAACUGUGAAGAAUUUCACGAAGGAAAAAACUGCGUCCCCUCCCAAUGGAGACGAGGUAAAUUUAACGCCGUUAAAAACGUCGGGCGCACCGUCGAGCCUCGAUUACCAUGUCGAAAAUACAACCCUCCAAUCGAGCUUCGACGAUGGAUUUCUCCCUGAAAAUUCCUCGAUGCCAAUAACUUCUUUCACUCCGCGAACGAAUGAAUUUUUAAACAAGUCGCAAAGUGACGACUCGGCUAUCGCAACUGCGAUUUCUAUAUCCGUAUCUUCUUCGGGGAUAAUUAAAAAAAAAGUCAACUCGUCGAGCGGUGAAGAAGCUCAGAAAAUAGAAAUUGCAGCUUCCAACUCUACUAGCCGAAGACCGUUCGUCGUGAAGAACCAACCAGAGGAAUUUGAGCAUUUUUUAACUUUCAAGGAACAAUCGAAUUCCUCGAAAACAGGAAACGGGACUUGGUGCAAAGGUCCGUCUAACGCGGAAGGUUCGGUGGACGCUUUUAGUACGUACAAUCAGUCGGGAUCAUCUCCAAUAUCGAAAGAAAAUAUUGCACAAGUGACUCCGACGAAUUCAGCAACCACUCAAAGCCAUUUCGUAACAGUACCAAGCGACGAAUUUCCAGUAUCAAGGGAACAGGAGGAUGACGGAGAGUCACAAACACAGGAAGUUGCCACGAGUUCGUGGACAGAAAUUUCCAUUGGAAGUGGAGAAUAUUCUUCAAGCGACAAGCCGAAGAGCCAAUCGAGGCCAGAAAUCGCAUCUCUCCUGACAACAUCGAAAGCUCCAAUUUCAAACUCAGACAAGACUGAAUUCGACAAAAUUUCGAGCACUCUCAAUUCGGAAGGGGAAAACAAAUUUUUCACAGAACCGACGGUCGUUAACUUGCCGACCAUCGACCUACCUCCGGUUACGGAGUCCAAGGAAAAUCAGUUUUCAACCACAAACGAUGAGGACAGACGAACUACGAAUUUGUCAACGACGCUUAAACUCGAUACGAACGUACCGAAAGAGACUUUUUUCGAUGCAACGAGGACACACAACGCUUCGAGGGCCCGGAGUCCGAACUUGGACGAUCCCAGGCCGCCGAGCCGAGGACCAUCGAGUGCGUCGAGUGAAAAUUCAUGGAUAACGAAAUUUCCCAGCGAGAGAGCAUCGCUUGUCAUCGAAACAGGCAACAACAAUGAUGAAAUGAAAGCACCGAAUUACGGAGAGCUAAUGGAAAUUUUUGAAAAUGAGAAAUCGUUCGAUAGUAAAUCAGACUUUCUAAUAGAUGCGUCAGUUAUUUCUACUACGAGUCAAAACAGAUCGGACGAUAUUGAGUCGACAGAUUAUUCGGACAAAAUAAAAACACCGCUGGAAGUCAAGUUUUCUACGUCAGGCAUUCUAAACGAAGCUGAAACGAAUAAUUUAACGCUCUCGAGCGAAUUUCGAGCCGUGAAAAUCGAUGCAGUAACGCCAAGAGCCAGCUCGAGGCCUGUGCCAUCUGUGAACAUGGCAGAAAGCAAAAGCAUCGAGUCCGUUAACGAAUUUCACUCUGCUCGAAACUCGAAAAAUGUAGAUUCGAAAUCUCGAGAAGCUUCGACACUUUCAAAAGUAAAUUUCGUUAAAAAUCCUCUCCGAUCACCGGGUUUGUCAAAAAACAAUCAAAUUCCACGUGACUACAAACACGGAAUCGACGAUUUCGAGGCGAACCGUAACGAAUCGAGCCAAAUCAACAUUUACGAGUUUGGAGUGAGUGCGAAAAACCGGAGUCUUUGGAGGCAGCGAAUUGACAAACAAUCACUGCUCACGAGCACCGUCCGGCGGUUGGAAAAAACUAAAGAAAACGUCGAUCCUUCAAAUUUGGAACGCAGCGAAAAUAAAAAAUCUUGGAAUAAUGCGGAAUCGAAUGUGACCGUUGCCGAAGAGCCGAACGGCUCGGCGACUCGAGGCCGUCUCAAGGAAUUGAGGCCACGUAUAAGAGGCAACAAUAAUCGAGCUAUUGAGCAACAACUCGGAUGGUUCUAUCGACAAGGGGAAAUAGAACGCGGAAGUAAAUCGAGGCUGAAGGAAAAUCACUAUGGAAAAAUUAAAGUCCGGUGUAAAAAUCCACAUCGUUAGUGCCUCCUUAAUUUUGUACGUUUCAAGUUUUCAUAUUCAUAAGCUUCUACCCUCGAAUCGUUUACCAUAGAAACUGUGUAAUACGCUAUACAAUGAAGACCAUUGUAAAAAAUACAGUGUUUGUUAGAAAACUUGUCGAAACGAAAACUAAAAAAAUUUGUAUUUUUUUAAUCAAUUUUUUAAUUUCUAGCGUGGGAAAAAAUUGUCCAUUGAUGUCAAAAUAAAUGAAGUCGAAAUUUCGACUCUAAAACGUAAA